ACUACUACUGCCACUACUACUACUACUACCACCUAAUUACCUUCCCACUACUACCACCACCACCACCACCACCACUACUACUGAGUCACUGAUUUGGUCUUUUGGCCGUCAUUGCACCAUCUAAUUGCAGCUUGUUGGCUCGAGACAGUGCUCGUGAUCACUCUUGGUUGCCAAAAUAUUCGACACGACCAGCACUCAGACUUGCAAUUCCUUUGGCGGCAUCAGAAAUGCACAGACUGAUCUUGGCAAGCGCCGGCCCUUUGCCACCGCUGCUUAGCCCAGCUGCAUCUAUUCGUUGGGGUUCUUGUGAACUGCAAGCAAUGUUUUAUGUGCUUGCAGGGGCGACUUCGGAGGCUUCAAGGCCUUCGGCCUGAGAGUGUUGCUUGGCGGAGCACGCGUGAGGGCAGACUUGCCAUACUUCACAUACACUGACCAAUGUGCCCACUCAGUGGGCAACCCUUUACCUUUUCGGACCAGUAACCUGAGGGAGUCGGCGUCGUGGAGGUGCAAUCAAUGUGUUGUUUUUUUACUUGUGGUGGGUCAAGGCAGGAUUGCUCGUGGCCUUAAGGUGAUGCUUGUUGAUGAUGAGAAGGAAAACUUGCAAAGUGCCAGCAGGUUUGCUUUGCGAUACUGCAAAGUGGCACGUUAUGAUGACGUCUAUCGAAAUUGCGGCCCCUUGAACCAGCUGGGUGGCAUCGGAGCUCACAGCUUCGAGGAUUUCGAGCUCUUGCGGCGCUUCGCGGAGGCGCCCUGGGAGUUUCAAGAGCCUCACUUCCCACAGGAGGAAGCUGACAAACCGAAUGCAGCUCCUCCUUGGGAGGACUCGCGAGUCCCAAGCCGCUCCGAGGAGCUGGUGAAGCUGCCGCGUUCGCGCUUACGCAAGAGCGCAUCCUCGCCCACGCUCCGCGCGCUGGGAGACCUCGCCAACCUGCCUGGGCCCAUGUCCCGGAGCCAAAGUUUCUGUUUGUCGGAUGUGAUAUCUCAAUCGCCGCGGACCUCCGAACCUGGGGACGACCAGGAUGCCCACGAGAUUUGCCUUACAGGCAUGGAUGAUUCUCCGCGCUGAUGGUCUGUGGAGGCGUCGUUCUUUCACGGAGUGCAGCGGGUGAGAAAGAAGCAGCGGAGUGCAGGGACUGGUGGCUGGUUGGAUGCAAAGUUGGGGCCUGGAAGCCUGAUUCUAUGAUGUUAAUCGAUGUGUCAAAUUGACCACAGAGUCAUGGAGCCACCGAAACGACAGAAACCCAAUUGGAGUUGUGCCAUGUAUCAUAUGGCAUUUGGCCAGCGAGCUUGAUUUGGAUGGAAUUCCAAGCUGCAUCGACCUCCACCCAGGUGGACAUGCGACGGUGUGUCGCCAACGGCGGCGACGGUUUCGGAUCAAUGGCACCGGAUGGGACGGAUGGGCAGAGAAGGGGCCGAGGAUGCAAGAAAGCAUUCACUCAUGAUGGAGAAAAACAUCAACUCUUCUGAGGGUAGGUGGGGUGGGCCAGGAUGGUCAGGAUGGUGUCACACUUUUAGGAAUCUUUAGGAGAGCUAAAUCACCACAAAAACAUGUGCAAAGUCUAAUUAAAUGCCACACCUUGAUCUUGGCUCAGUCUGCCAGCCCAUCGACAAGAACUGAAC